AUGAUUAAGGCCGCUGUUUUUUUAUUGGCAUUAAUCUCAAAUGUGUUGGCCGUUGAGGCCGUGACUUGUAAUGCUACUCAGUCAUGUCCUGAAGAACUACCAUGUUGCUCUCAGUUUGGGGAAUGUGGUACGGGUUCUACAUGUCUAGGUGGCUGCAAUCCAAUGUUCUCUUUUAAUUCUGCGGCAUGUAUGCCAAUGCCUAUUUGUCAAGAUAGUUCCACGACUUUCAAGAACUACUCUUCCCGAGUUGCUUCCCAUGACACUUACCUAGGAAACACGAGCGAAGCUGAUUGGGUAUACACCGGUUACUUAUACGAUUACGAUGAUGAAGACAGUAUGCUGUUGGCGAUGCCAAAGUACUCUGCUGGUACCGUUUUGUCCUCGACCAGAUUCAUGUGGUAUGGUAAAGUUAGUGCAAGAUUGAAGAGCUCUCAUUUGGGAGGUGUUGUCUCAUCCUUCAUUCUGUUCUCGAACGUGCAAGACGAAAUCGAUUUUGAGUAUGUGGGAGCUGACCUGCAAACCGUGCAGACGAACUUCUACUUCGAAGGUAUCCUGAACUACAACAACAGUAAGAACAUCAGUACUAGUGAUACGUUUGAAAACUACCACGACUAUGAGCUUGAUUGGCAUGAGGACUACAUCACCUGGUCAGUAGACGGUGUUGUUGGCAGAACACUGUACAAGAACCAAACUUACAACGACACUACCAAGCGUUACGAGUUCCCACAAACCCCAUCUAAGGUCCAGUUGUCCCUGUGGCCCGGUGGCAACGCCACGAAUCCACCAGGUACAAUUGCGUGGGCUGGUGGUGAGAUCAACUGGAACGCGGACGACCUGAAAGAUCCAGGAUACUACUAUGCAUCUCUGCAACAAGUGAACAUCACGUGCUAUGAUCCUCCUAGUUACGCCUCCAAGAACGGUACCAAGUCCUACCAAUUCACCAAGGACGAUAGUUUCCUCAGCGAAGACGUUGCCAUUACAGACAAAGAUAGUUUCUUGUACUCGGACGAAGGUUCUGGGUUAGACCCACAAAAGGGCAAAAGCUCUUCUUCUUCGUCUGCAGCUUCAUCUUCCACCUCCUCUAGCUCUUCCAGCUCAUCCAGCUCAUCCAGCUCUUCGGCUGGUUCGUCUUCGUCGAAGUCGACUUCCACAUCCAAGGGCACCGACAAAUCUAGUGCUUCCACUGGCUCGGCCGCUGCCCAAACAACCACAGCCUCGGCAUCGAAGACCACCUCGCUGAGCUCCGAGCAGAGCACUGCUUUUGUUCAGAACAUGAAAUCAAGCAGCAGCAGCGGUGCUGGCUCUAAGCAGCAACAGACCUCCACCGGGACCAACGGAGCUAACGCCAUCUCCGUCGGAAUUCCUUUGGUCGGUAUCCUCUUCGGCUACCUAUUGUAA